AUGUUUGGGCAUGGACAAAGAAAUUGUCACAUUAAAACUUUUUGUGCUAACUGCGCCGGCCCACACAAUACCUCUGAAUGCGAUAAUGCUACUGUCUCUAAAUGCGCAAACUGCAAUGGAAAUCAUAAGUCUACCGACACAACGUGUAUUAGUAGAACUAGAUACCUACAAAUUAGAGAAAAAUCAGCUGGAAGAAGACCAACUCAGCAUCACCAACAAAUGCUCCAUCUCCCUUCAUUACAAGCACAGCCUCCUCCUUCUUUGAAUUCUGUGCAAAAACCGGUUUCUUAUGGUUCGAUGAAUGUUUUUCCUUCGCUUCCACUGCCACGUAGGCGACAGGUCAUUGCAUCAAAUAAAAGCUUACCGAAUUCAAAUUCCCAUAUACCAAAUUCGGGUUUGACAAAUAAUGUAUGGGAUGAUAGCACUCAUGUUGUACCCAACAACAACAAUGCAACCACCACUAGCAAUGUAGCUAACAACAACAACAAUGUGGGCGUUGGCAACUCUACACUAUUUUCCAUGGAAGAACUCAACUCGCUCUGUAUGGAGAUGAUUACAAGUUUAUCUGUUUGUAAAACAAAAUUAGAUCAAUUUAAUGCGAUCGCACGUUUAGCUACUAAGUUUUUGUACUCAAAUCCUAAUGUUAAGUAA